GACUCUGGGGCCUGGUCAACAAUGCUGGCAUCGCCAUUCCCUCGGGUCCCAAUGAGUGGCUGAACAAGAAGGACUUUGCAAAAGUCCUGGAUGUGAACCUGAUGGGCCUGAUCGAGGUGACUCUGAACAUGCUGCCCUCAGUGAGGAAGGCAAGGGGCCGUGUGGUCAAUGUCUCCAGUGUCAUGGGUCGAGUGUCUUUAUUUGGUGGUGGUUACUGCAUCUCCAAGUAUGGUGUAGAGGCCUUCUCAGACUCCCUCAGGAGGGAGCUCUCCUAUUUUGGGGUGAAGGUGGCUAUUAUAGAGCCUGGAGGCUUCAAGACUGCUAUGACCAGGAGUGACACGCUACCAUCAAGUAUCAAGAUGCUGUGGGACCAGGCCAGCUCAGAGGUCAGAGAGAUCUAUGGAGAGAAGUCCCUGGCAUCUUAUCUGACACAUUUAAAGUCACUGGACCAAAAGUGCAAUGAGGACCUCACCUUGGUGACAGACUGCAUGGAGCAUGCCCUGACUUCCUGUCACCCUCGCACUCGAUACUCAGCUGGCUGGGAUGCCAAGCUCUUCUACCUCCCCCUGAGCUACCUGCCCACCUUCCUAACAGAUGCCAUCUUCUACUGGAUGUCCAUGAAGCCUGCCAAAGCUCUGUGAAGCCUCCACAUGUUUCUGUAGUGAAUGUCAGGUCACGGAUCCUCAGGAGAAGGAAGGUUCCUGGGCUCAGUACAACCUUGC